AUGGCAGUCACCCUUGAUAAUAUUCAAUUUUACUAUGGCCCGUCGAAGCCCACGAAGCAGCCCUAUUAUACCUUCAAUAGCAAAAAUGAUGGAAGUGGAACUUAUGCCUUCGCCUUUCUUCCAGCUACCCACUCAGAAGAAACCAUGAACCAGCAUAUAGUACAAUCGUCGAACAUUUUUGAUCUCGAACUAGCGAAAACAUGGGAAAUGGCAUCAUCAUCGCCGACACUUGACAAGACUGGCGAGCGUGGUGCCUGCUCUUCAAGGUCGACCUCUGACCGUGAUCAUCAAGAACCUUCCAGGUCGCCGUCGCAUGCUCUAUGCAAAACGAUAGAGCCGGACUUCCCAUGCAUAUCUUCAAGAUCUUCUUCAGUCAGCCCUAGUCCAUCACUACUCCAUGCGGAUUCAUCAGGGGCUCCUUCCCCACCCUCUAUUGAUAUGAUGGAGGAGUUAUCGUCCUCACGCUCCACAAACACAGGGGAAAUUUUCAACAGAUGUACUCCAUGCGACGAAGAAGGCUCAAGCAAUUCGCUCUCCAGCAUUUUAUUACAGCCUAGUCUCACGUCCAAGGCAGCAAGCGAAAGAAGCACACCCGCUUUUAUGUUUCAAAGCAGCCCCAGUGACUGUCUGGUGGUUACUCCCGGGCCAAGUUCAGAGCCAAGUUCAGAUUGUUCACCAAUGGAAAUUGCCUUGUCUGGUAGUUCUGGACCGAAGAAUACAGAUUAUGACAGCACAUCCGACCUGGACUAUGCGGACCAAGCAGCCAGAUGCGGACCUGCUGGUUCUUAUUCAGAAACAACAAGUGUCCAGAAGGAUUUCAUUCGAAGGCAUAAGCAAAGAGAAAACAAAGAGCGCUCUCCUGGCAGACGAGAUGACGCAGUUGGGAGAAGGCACACGUCUGUCGCUGUAGUGAUACCCCCGCCACACCGGCAUCAGCUACGGAGCCUACGCUCAAGCCCAGGGCAUAUUCCGUCAGAUGAUAGUCAGAGCGAAAGCGUUGCAGACAAUGAUGAUUCCGAUUAUGGGGAUUUUGCGAUUGAUACAGUCGCGUCACAAGUUUCGAAGAUUAGGGCUCACCAGUUGUCAAUGGAAAAAAACCCUCUCUCAAUUCGAACUUCCCCGUGCCAAGCAGGCCACACGUCUCAUAAUCCGUCGAUCUGUCAGCAUGGGGGGAAUGAUCUCGUUGGGCGAGCAAUCCUCACUAUCGAAACGCUGGGCCCAGAGCCUACUUACUACUUAACUUUCAUGCCUGACAACCUCAAAUUGAUGCCACCUGUGCCCACGCGCAGUCCUCGUGCUUCCAAGACGCCGACCCGAAUUAGCAAGCGAGUGACCAGAGGCUGUACAGCUCCCGUCAAAGGGCGACGUCGAUCAUAUUCGACCGACGAAGAAACAUUGCUGGUGCAGUUGAAAGAGAGAAAAAAUCUUACAUGGAAAGAGAUCGCAACACACUUUCCUGGACGCAAGUGGUCUUCAUUGCAGGUCCACUACUCUGAAAAACUGAAAGGUCGAAAUUCUAAUCGAAGAUAUGGACAAGGGCAGAAAAGAGUACGGCGCAAAAAAACACCGAUGAGGAAGUAA